GUGAUGUGAGGUAAACAAAAGCAUCGUCUGCAGUUGCCGUCUGUAUAACCUCUUUUCAGUCUUAGGGCUUCCUUAGUAAUAUAAAUGUUAUGUAGGCCUACAUUAGUGAUAUGUAACGUUUAAUGGUAAAUUUUUGAGUCAUGCAACUGAUUACGACAUAUAUUAGCAUAUUUUAAGCAAAGUGUUGCCAUAAAGUUGCAUAUGAAAUAUAUGUUUUUCAGACAAUAGGCUACUUUGAGAAGCUUGGAACAAAAUAAAAAUGCCACUCACAUCAGUUAAAUUAUUAACAAGGGCUUCAAAGAGCGUAUAUGCUCGUAGUAAUAUUAUUGUAACUUAUUCUAGGAGAAUUGAAUCUAAAUUUUAUUCAUCUAAUGUUAUUCAUAGACAAAAUAAUUUCCACCCUCUUUGUUCUUCAAAAUCAUGGCCCUAUUACUUGGAAAGAAAUGUUUGUCAAGCUGGAAGUAAACCACACCUUUUAUUUUUACCUAAUGCCAAUCAGAAAAGGGAUUUUUCAUUCAAAGAGUCAAUGGAAUCAGCAAUUGUCAGUCAUUCCAGUUUUUUUAAGUGGAUAUCUGAAUGUACAGUUGUUGAAAAGUCUCAAAACUUUAUAGUUCAGUUUCAUGAUACUACAGGCUUACCAUGGUGGUUAUCGAUUAUACUAACUACUUGUUUAAUGCGAACUGUUAUCACACUUCCACUUGCACUUUAUCAGACCUUUGUGAUCGCAAGACUUGAAAAUAUACGAAAAGAAAUGGAUGACAUUGUAAAUGACAUAAAAUACGAGCUUAACCGAGAAGUGAGAAGGAACAAGUGGUCAGAGAAAAAGGCAAAGAUACAUUUUAAUACAACUGUACGAAAGGAGUGGACUCGUUUAAUAGAGAGAGACAACUGCCAUCCAGCCAAAGCAGCUCUUCUUGCAAUCGUCCAGAUACCAAUGUGGGUGGUGCUCUCGACAUCUUUCAGAAACUUAGUCUACAUGCUGCCUCAUCAAGAUGCUUUUGCGGAGCUGAAGAAGCUAGAGUUGUCUGUGGGUGGUAUCGCCUGGUUCCCUGAUCUGACCAUUCCAGACAGCUUUGUCAUCCCCAUCAUGUUGGGACUCACCAAUCUUGCUAUUGUUGAGGUUCAAACUAUGAUGCGAAAAGGAGAUCGGACCAGAUUACAAAGGUAUGCUACCAACUUCUUCAGAGGUUUCUCCAUCUUCAUGAUACCUGUGGCUGCUUGUGUACCUUCGUGUCUCACACUCUACUGGCUGACUUCCAGUGCAUAUGGCUUAGCACAAAACCUGACAGUGAUGUCUCCUCGGGUGCGUCGGCUAUUCGGUAUACCGUCCACCUCCUCUACUCAUCCCCACCCGUACGCUCAUCUUGCUCAGCAGUUGCGUAGCAGAUUCCGGCUUUAAACUUGUGAAUAAACUUUUUAAGUAGGA